AUGAGUUAUCCCCUAGGUCUGGGUCGUACAGCUUAUAGGUUCAUCCCGAGGUCAAUCUGUUCAAGACGAUCCAUCUCAUCCCAUGCAUUACCUCCAACGCCCUCCAACUCACCACCAGCAGGAGAUUUAUUCACCAAACUGCUGAACGAACGCAUCAUAUAUUUAGCAGGAGGCAUUGAUGAUGCGCAAGCAACAUCUAUCACGGCUCAAUUGCUGUAUCUGGAAUCGCAGUCAACGUCGAAACAAAUCAACAUUUACAUCAACUCACCAGGAGGUUCUGUCACGGCAGGGCUGGCCAUCUACGACACAAUCCAGUAUAUCCGAGCGCCAGUUUCCACGGUUUGCUUAGGACAGGCAUGCUCCAUGGCAUCCCUCUUGCUUGCAAGCGGAACGCAUGGCAAACGUUUGAUCUUGCCAAACGCUACCAUAAUGGUGCAUCAACCAUCUUCGGCAAACGGAAUUAAGGGACAGGCCACUGAUAUCGAGAUAUAUGCCCGUCAUAUCAUCAAUACCAAACAGAAAUUGCAAACUUUAUACCUAAAACACAUGUCUCCAACCAUGACGGUGGAUGAAAUCACUGCACUUUUGGAGAGAGAUCGGUUCAUGGAGCCAGAGGAGGCAGUGUCUCUUGGACUGGCGGACCGUGUAUUAGAGAGGAAACCCCCGGUUGUAUCUGACUAA